AUGCCUAUUACGCAUUCCGAGUGGUCGUCGUCGGAUGCCUAUUCCGCCAGUGCGGGCGCCAAGUCUUCGCCGCUGAACGCGUCUGGAGCUGCUCCGUUCCGUCGUCUGCCCUUUAACUAUUGCGCCGCCAGUCUCCAGCCCUUCAAGAACCCAGUCUGCACGCCCGACGGCACCAUCUUCGACGUCGAGGUCAUAGGCGCGUGGCUGGAGAAACACCCGAACCAGAACCCCGUCAACGGCGAACCGCUUCACAAGAAGGAUCUGAUCCGCUUGAACUUUGCCCGCAAUGCUAGCUCCGAACCCCUCAGCUCCGGACCGAGCGGCGACGCCAAAGGUGACUUGAUCGAUCCCGUCACCUACAAGGUCUUGACCGACAACACUCACAUUGUGGCUAUUCGCCAUGGCACCUACGCCAACGCCUUUGCCUGGGAGACGGUGGAGCGCAUGAACAUCAAGCCCAAGCUGUGGCAGGACCUCGUCGACGACCAGCCCUUCGGCCGAGCCGACAUCAUCACCUUGCAAGACCCCAGGAACGCCGCUAGUCGAAACCUCGAGCAAUUCAAGUACCUCAAGGAUGGACAAGGGGCACAGCUGACCAAGGAGCAAGAGGAGGAGCAGCGCAACGCAUCAGGCAUCAAUGCCAGCGCGCUAGGCAGCAUGGGAGACAAGGUCUUGAAGGCAAAAGCCGCCGUCGAGAAGGCCCGCAAAGCAAGAGAAGCCGGAGGAGAUGUCAAUCGCAGCUCUGGCGCUCUGGCAAACCCAUCCGCCGCCGCCGCCGCGUCAACAGGCCAGUCGACCGCCACGGCGGCAUCGCAACGCGUCGUCACCAAGGACAAGAAGCUCGCCGCCAACGCGGCUGCCUACACGACGGGCAAAGCGGCCGCGAGCUUCACGAGCACGGGCCUGACGCCAGAAACCAGCGGCGAGCGGGCCCUGUUGACCGACGAGGAGUUCAUGCUCAGGCCGAGGCGGGUCAAGGCCAAGGGCUACGCUCGCAUGGAGACCAACCUGGGCGACUUGACCGUCGAGCUGCACACCGACACGGCGCCCAGAGCAGUCUGGAACUUCAUCAGGCUUGCCCAGACGGGCUACUACAAGGGCGUCGCCUUUCAUCGGAACAUGGCCAACUUUAUGAUUCAGGGGGGUGAUCCGUCGGGAACCGGCAAAGGCGGUUCGAGCAUAUGGGGCAAGUACUUUAAUGACGAGUUUGACGGGCCGUUGACGCAUAACAGCAGGGGCAUAUUGUCCAUGGCAAACAAGGGGAAAAACACAAACUCGAGCCAGUUCUUCAUCACUUACAAGGCGACGCCCCACCUGGACCGAAAGCACACCAUUUUCGGGCUCGUAGUCGACGGCAAGGACGUGCUCUCCAAGAUGGAAGCAGUCCAGACGGACGGCUCCCACAGACCUCUCAACAAGAUAUUCAUCAAGGACAUCGUCGUCUUCGUAGACCCCUUCGCGGAGUUCCAGACGCAGAGGAAGGAGCAGGAGCGGCUGGAACGCGAGCGGGAAGAGGUUCGUCGCAGAGGUGGCACCGAUGACGAUAGGACCACCUGGACGGGGAAGCGGAUACGAGGAGACGGGACCGUCGUUUCGGCCGAGGCAAAGGACAGUGUGGGCAAAUACCUGAACAAGAGUGCUGUUUCGAGCAUGGCUAGUGAUGGGGCGGGAGCUAUCGAUUCAACGACGGGCGGCUGGGAAGAGCCGGUACGCAAAAAGACCAAGGGGAAUGGGGGGUUUGGUAACUUUGAUAGCUGGUAG